AUGUUAAAAUAUGGUCUAGGUAUAUGCAGAAGUGUUUUCAAUUGGCCACUUAAUACUUUGUUAUUUAGUAGAUUCACCACAAAAUACUACUCCUCUAAAAAGAUACUAGAAACUCUUUGUUCUAGUUGUGAAGGCAAGUAUAAAGUGCUUUAUUCUUCUUUAAAACAUCUAAAUAUUAAUAAAUAUGGAUGUACAAAUUGUAGUAAAUUAAUAGUACCAUUAAAGACAUUGGAUGCCUUUGAACUAUUUGGAUUAGACUCAGUAUUUGAUAUAGACAAAGAUCUUGUACAGCAAAAAUAUAGAGACUUGAUGAAAAUAUUUCACCCUGAUAAGUCACUUGGUUUUGAUGAAAAUGUAUCUAAACACAUAAAUGCAAGCUUUAAAAUUUUAAUGGAUCCUUUUGAGCGUGGUAUUUUAAAGUUGUAUUUACAUAAUGGUACUACAAGAGGAGCUAUUAUAGAAAAGUUAGAUUCACUACCUAUUGACUUAAAUUUACUCAAUGAAGUUCUUCAAGUGGAUGAAAAGGUAAAUAACUUGUCAAAAGUAAAAGAGGAAGAUAAAAGUGAAGUUAAUAAAUUAAUUAAAUCUUAUACUGAGCAAGUUAAUACAUGUAUCAACUUGCUCAAAGUUCAAUUUACAAAUGAACCACUUGAUACUAAUGCGAUUCUUCAUGAACUACACAAACUAAGAUUUUAUCAGAAAUUGAUCGCAAAGCUAAAUAACUGGUAUGAUCCAAUGGAAGUUUAG